CUGCAGCAAACAAUUAUUAUAAUGAUAAUAAUGUGCUAAAAAAUUAUGAUAAUGAAAGUCUUUUUGCUCAUAAUGAGUUAAUUGAGAUUGAGAAUGAUAAUGCUGAAGGUUUUGCAAAAACACUUUUAAAUGCAGCAACUACCUUUUAUUAUGAAAGUGAUUCUAAUAAAUUCUACAAGACUGCUAAAGAAGAUAUUGAGGUAGAAUUGUCUAAUGAUGGAUGGUUGGAUGAAGUCGAUGAAGAUGAUACUAGAGGGCUAUUAGAAGAUAAGAUUGAAACCUCUAAUUGGUAUAAAAAAAUCCAAACCGCACUUGAAAACAUAACACUAGAUAUCAAAAAUAAGAAUGUAAAUAGUGAAGUUUGGAUAAAUGAAGUUAUUUUACCAGGGCUCAGAUUUGUACUACUACCAACUAUUUCUCUUAAUACUGCAAAAAAUUAUCUGAAAGAGCUUGGUUAUAUAUAUAAAAGAGUAAAAAAGUUUGAAUAUAGAAUGCCUGUAUUUUCAGAUGAGGAUAUGGAAGUAGAAAUCUGGCCAGAUAGUAGUAUUCCUGAAGGAGAACAACCUUUAAGAAAAAAAGGUGAGGGAUAUUCAAUUCAUGUCAGUAAAUUUCUUACAAAUAAAUCUGAAGAUUUGAUUGAACAAGUAUUCAACUGUGCCAUUUCUAUAUUUGAAGCCUGUUUUCUGAGAUGUCAAGCAUUAUUUGCAUUUGACAAUGCAAAAAGUUAUACUACUUAUACAUCUGAUGCAUUUGUUGCAAAGAAUAUGAACCUUAGUUCUGCUGGAAAACAAGAAAAAAUGCACAGCACAUCAUAUUUUCAUAAAGGAAUAAAAAAUGAUUAG